CGUCGAUUUCCCGUGCUAAGUCAAAAGUAGUUUACCUGUACGUCAGUUAAAUGAUUAAACACUUCUGAGUUACAAGUUUAAUCCGUUUUUAUGUGGUUGUUGUGUUAUAAUGUAAAAUUAAUUGUUCGCGGUCAAUUUAACGCGAGUGCUUUUUAAUGUAAUUAGGUGAAUUAAAUAGAGUGUUUAUUUUGAAAAGUUAUGACAACGUAGUGCAUCAAAAUGCCCAGUGAAAUGUACAUAAUGGACUCUACGGUGACUCUAGCUAAGAGUGUAGAUGACACUCAAGAUUAUAAUCCAUUAAAAGAAAGGAAUGUCACUCAUCCCACUUCGACAGUUGGAUCGUUCUUCAAUCUCCUUAAGUCAUCACUGGGCUCGGGAUUAUUGGCAAUGCCAGCGGCCCUCAAGCACACUGGCCUCAUCCCGGGCAGCCUGGGAACCGUACUUGUUGCAGUCGUUGCUACACAUUGCGUGCACAUAUUGGUGGAGACGUCGCGCGACAUAAGUCGCGAGUGUCGUGUCGCGUCGCUGAACUACACGGAGACUUGCGAGCGCGUUUUCAAGCACGGACCGAAGAAGCUGAGGACGUAUACGCAGUUCGUAAGACAUUUCGUUGACUACGCGAUGGCCGGUGUUUGUCUCGGCGGUACAAGCGUCUACGUGAUCUUUAUCGCCUCCUCGCUCAAAAACAUAUGCGAUUCAGCGUUUCCAGACCACAAAUACUCUGUAGAACUCUACUGCCUCGGUCUUCUGCUGCCUCUGGUCCUUCUGAACCAGAUCAGGCAUCUGAAGUACCUGGUACCCUUCUCAAUACUCGCCAAUUUGUGUCUGGUUGUGAUAUUCGUGAUCACAUGCUACUACACCAUCAGCGGGAUCCAUGAUAGAGCUGAAGUGGAACUGGCGACUAACGUGCAACAAUGGCCUUUAUUUCUAAGUACAGUCAUCUUCGCGAUGGAGGGCAUAAACGUGGUGAUGCCGAUUGAGAAUGAGAUGGCGCACCCUGAGAAGUUCCUGGGCUGUCCAGGGGUACUCAACUCCACCAUGGUCUUCGUGGCGCUACUGUACGCCCUGGUGGGGAUACUGGGAUACUUGAAGUACGGGGAAGAGGUAUUGGGAAGUAUCACACUGAACCUGCCUGAUGAUGAGCCGUUGGCGCUAACAGCAAAAGUUUUGGUGGUGGUGGCAGUAUUCUUCACGUACGGUCUCCAGAUGUAUGCGCCGAUGGAUAUCAUGUGGAGUCGGCUGCAGGGGAGACUCGGCCAGAGCUACUGGAACUGGGCUCAGGUGGCAAUGAGGACCCUGAGUGUAGUGCUGACAGUGGUCCUAGCAGCUGCAGUGCCGGAUUUGGAGCUACUUAUCGGCCUGGUGGGCGCCAUUUUCUUCUCAACCCUGGGACUGCUAAUACCAGUUGUCGUCCAAACUGUACACCAAUGGGACAGAGGGUUAGGUCCGUACCUGUAUGUGGCAUGGAAGAACGCGUUACUGAUGGUUUUCUACCUGAUUGUUCUAUUAUCGGGAUGCUACUCUGCAGUCAGCGCGAUUAUUGAUAAGUAUUAUUGAAUAAAUUGAUAUGCGAAAAA